GGGGGUCAGCGCAUGAGCGGCGAACGGCGGCGGUGGAACAUUCAGUUCUUGUCUCACAGCAAGCCGGAGGAGAAGGUGGAGGGGGGAGUUCCUGUCUCUGUGUCCCUCCUCUUGCUCUCAUUUUUUCCAAUCCUCCCUCAAGCUCUCCCUACCUCACAUACACAAGCCGUGAGUCACUGGAGCGGACCUGGGGAACAUACAUGACCCGCUGAAGCGCAAUCGUGUCCCGGUCAUUUCUUCCCUCCGUUUCGGUCACCAGUUUCGCCUCAACUUUAUUUUUGAGUUGAUUUUUCGCUUUUUUCCUCGCUGACAUGCCCGAAGACGUCGGACCAGCUAAACCCGGCGGUGUCAUCGCCUACAUCUCAUCGGGCGCUGCCUCCAGCCCGGAGUCCUGCAUGAGCACCAGCCCCAGCGGCGGCGUGGGAGGCGGCUUCCUCUCCACAUCGCCCACCCCUCCUCGCCCCUCGCUACCCAGCAGGGCGGUGGGCAUGGUGGUGGAUAUAGCGCCACCCAACAAGAGCGGACCCAGAGGGGGAAACGGAGUGGAGAAGGCGGGACGCUCAUCCACCUCCGCCAAGAGCAGUAUUACUAAAAUCAACGGCAUGGUGCUGCUGUGCAAAGUGUGCGGAGAUGUCGCCUCAGGCUUCCAUUACGGUGUCCAUGCGUGCGAAGGAUGCAAGGGGUUCUUCCGCAGGAGCAUCCAGCAGAACAUUCAGUAUAAGAAGUGUCUCAAGAUGGAGAACUGCACCAUCAUGAGGAUCAACAGGAACCGAUGCCAGCAGUGUCGCUUCAAGAAGUGCUUGGCCGUUGGCAUGUCCAGAGAUGCUGUGCGAUUCGGCCGCAUCCCCAAGCGCGAGAAGCAGCGAAUGCUUCUGGAGAUGCAGAACGCCAUGAAUAACAUGAUGAGCAACAACAGCCAGCUGCACAGUAUGCUGCACGGCCACCAGAGCCCACCGUUGCCCAAUGACGCCAGAUCCUCGCCAUCGUCAUCAUCCUCCUCCUCCUCCUCUUCGUCGUCGUCCUCUUCGUUGUCAUCGUCGUCUUCCUCGGAGUCGCCGUCCUGCUCCAACCCCUCGUCUCCGCAGUGCACCCUGCAGGACGCCGAGUCGGUGGUCUCCAUGGACACCAACUCCAGCUCGUCCUCGUCCUGCGGCUCCGACAGCGGGGAGGACGACGUCGCCGUCGUCCGACAAACGGAGAUGACGACGUCGCAGUCGUCUGCGGAAAGCAGCGGCGACGUCCGCGGGGAGACGACGCAGCAGAGCUGGAACUGCUGGAACAACAACGGCAACGACAAUGACGUGGCCAUGCCGGGAUACCGGGACGUUCCGCACAUGUACGCGCACUUUAACCAUCACACGCCACCGCAGCAGCAGCAGCUCGGCGGCGCCCCCGCCUGUCCCAUGGACACACUGCAGCAGCAGCAACAGCAGCAGCAACCGCAGCAGCAGCGGGCCUACGCCAACGGCAGAGCUCACCUGGUAUGUCCCAUGAACACGUCCCCGUACGUUGACCCCAACAAGCCCAGCCAGGAGAUCUGGGAGGAAUUCUCCAUGAGCUUCACACCCGCUGUGCGCGAGGUGGUGGAGUUUGCCAAGAGGAUCCCGGGCUUCAAAGACCUCCUGGAGCACGACCAAGUGGGACUGCUCAAGGCCGGCACCUUCGAGGUCUUGAUGGUGCGCUUCGCCUCGCUCUUCAACAUGGCCGAGCGCACGGUGACCUUCCUGAGCGGCAAGCACUACAGCCUGGACACGCUGCGGGCACUGGGCGCCGGAGAACUGCUGGCGUCCAUGUGCGACUUCAGCGAGAAGCUUACCGCGCUCAGGCUUGACCGCGACGAGAUGAGCCUCUUCACUGCCGUCGUCCUCGUCUCUGCUGAUCGGUCAGGUCUGCAGGACCUGACAGCGGUGGAGGCCCUGCAGGACAAGCUGAUUCGGGCCCUGCGCCAGCUCCUUAUGCAGAACCACGGCGACGAGGCGGCCACCACCUUCACCAAACUGCUGCUCAAGCUACCCGAGCUGCGAUCCCUCAACAACAUGCACUCGGAGGAGCUGCUCUCUUUCAAGGUGCACCCCUGACGGACGAACCGGCGUGCCACGCCCACACCCGGACGGUCGGGGCGACCAAUGGACUCUUAAAGACAAGAAGAAGUCGUACUGUAUUCGUGGAGAGGAUUGUUGCAAACCAACACAGAGGCACUUGAAAACUUGACCGGCGUUAUGCAAAUGAUGCUCAUUUUGUAUUUGAUUUGUUUCCUUUUGCAAGCCGUUUCGAUGCAUGUUGAUAGCGACAAAAAGCUAAUGUGACCAAUGUGCUGCUAAUGCUGAUGCAUGGCUAAACGUGCUUGUGGCCACUUCUCCUCUUCUCCGCUGACUGUGUGUGUGUGUUUAGUACUCUAGUGUUCUUGUUGUUGUUCUUAUACCUUUUUUUUUCUUGAACACCCCCCGCCCCCAAGUCACCUCACCCCUUACGCGCAUCGCCGCCUAAAGAUUUCCAGACAUUCACACAAGUUGGCCUGAGUCCACCGAAGCAAGGUGGCAACCAGCUUGAGGCCCAAACGUCAUCAUGCUUUUUCGGUUUUUAUUGUUUAGUUUUGAACUUUCCACUUUUCUAUGUAUGAUUUUCUUGUUUUUGUUUUACAAUCAAAUGUGCUUUCUGCACGGCACUGAACAUGGAAAAGUGUCGUCCAUUUUUGUUUCUUGUACUUGGCAACACUGUCAAUUGUAAAUAUCUAUACAUAAAAUAUAUAUAUAUAAAUAUCUCUUGAACA